GCUGUUCAGACAGCCAAAACGAUGCAUGGAAGAGGCAGAGGAGGAUUUCUGCAGUCUUCAUUUUUUUAAAAGCUAAAAGCGGAUCCAAGAAGAACAGGGCAAGUUGCUACGACAUCAACUGAAUGCUGCUGUUUUUCACGUGUUCUUUCUGAAUUAUAAGGGUUUGUCGGUGAGGCCCUAUUAGGUGCUUAUUUCCAUCCAUUGCCGUCGUAUCAUAAACUUCCUUCCCCAACUCAGGAAACUGUUUUAAAUUUUUUUCACCCACUGGAAACACUGGGCUCUUAACCUGCUGUGGUGUGAACUUAAAUGUUUGUCCCACCUUUCUCCCCCUUCCUUUCUAAACAUAUUUUUGCAAAAAUAUCAACGUUCUUGAUUUGGAUAUUGUUGGACACCUCUCCCCUGCAGUUAAUUAUCCUUUGUGGAAUUCCCUCAAGAAUAUCCUUUGUGGGACUCCCUCAGCCACUGCCUGUUCGAACAUCUAUAGCCUAAUUUUCUUUCUGCUUUUGAGAGGUCCCUGGCAAUGUCUAAAUCCAGGGCUCUGUCUCUAUAGAAACAUCUUUGCAGCUGUGUGCCAGAGGAUGGCAGGCCCACUCCUUUCCAGCUGUCCAUUUCUACUCUUGGCUAUAGGGGUGCUAGAAAUGGCUUCUUGGGCUGGCUGUGUGGAAACUGAGAAAAAUGGCAGCAGAAGGAGCCAUGAGAAGAAAUCCCAGUGGAAUGAAUAUCCCACCGGACAAAGUGCAGGCAGCCUCCCCUUAGCAUCAUCCAAUGAUCCGGAAGCUAUUACAGGAAAUACUCAUAUUGACCCCCGGGAUGCCUGGAUGUUCUUUAUGAAGCAAUCAAACAAAGGAGCAAACAGCAAAAAAGGAAGCAAAAGCAAAUCCAAAAAAAUCAGGUUUGGCAUUCCUGGCCCACCGGGUCCACCUGGUCCACCAGGACCUCCUGGAGCCAUAAUUAACCAAGAGGAACUGCUACGAGAAUUCCGAUUACUGCUUAAAGGAAUAAUCAAGGAGCGGGAAGAGAUGAAUCUGAAAACCUGUGACAACUGCCAGGAAGAGGCAGAGAGGGACAGGAGAGAAGAGAACUUCUUGACUCAGAUAAUUGGCUCACUGUUGGCAAGCAGGGAUCAGGGACGAGUGGAGGCAGCCUUUCACUGCCGGACCCGGAAGAACAUUUCCAUUGAACGCCGGACCCUAAAAGAACUUCAUCUUUACUACAUACCUCAAACAGGGGAGAUAUUCCAUCGUGGCCUAGGGCUAAACCUUACCAAUGGUCAAUACAAAGCACCUCUUAGUGGAUACUACAUCUUCACUGCUACACUGCAUAUUGCCAACAGGAAUCAUUCAAAGAAAAGUCAGCCACGCACUCAAGAUCGCCUGCGCUUGCUGAUCUGUGUCGAGUCACUGUGCCAGCAAAACAUUUCUUUGGAAACAGUGAGUGGUAUGGACAAGAACAGCAAACUUUUCUCUAUCGCAGUCAAUGGAAUUCUCUUCCUGCAGGCUGGCCAGUAUGCUUCAGUUUUUGUGGACAAUGCAACAGGAACAUCCCUCACAGUACAAAAAGGGUCAGACUUCAGCGCGGUCUUCUUGGGUCUCUAAUUGGCCCACAGAUGUGAAUCACUAAACUAGAAACUGGCCCUAAGCUACGUUUGUCCCCUUCAGUCACAUGGGUCUGACAACAAAGAUAAGCAUGCGGCACCAGCAAAACUACAGAGCAGCACAAUUCCUGCUCAUGCAAUACAAGCAUGCCACAUACUGCUGUUCCUUGGUUAAGUAUUUGAGGUGAAAGAAUCUUGUAACUGCCAUAUUGGUUCAGUUUCUCACUAAGGGAUUCUAAUCUACAUAGCAAAGAAUUUUUGUGUAGAAUCUUUCACCUGUCUGGUCUCUCAACUCAAGAAGUGAGACGCGCUUACUGUCGUCGGCUGCAUCGCUUGCAAGACACUGUCUACCCAGUUUGGGAGAGUGCCGUUAUAAAGUCUUGUGGCCUUAAAAAAAAAAAUCACCACUACAUGGUACUCUAGCUCUGAGUCCAGGAGAGCAGUAAGAUAAUACUUUGAACCAUAGCUGGUUAAUGUGCUCAGCCAUGUAUCCAUCGAGCACCGACAUGACGAAGGAAUAAGAGUACUUCUGUUUCUUAGUAAUUAUUUUUGUGUGUGGCUGCCAGAACUGCAGAGCGAUAUCUAAGAAUUUUAACACCGCACAGCACCACCCUCCCCUACUACAGUACCCAAGGCACGUAGGCAGGCAUUCAAAAUGUUCUUGCUUUUUUAUUUUCUAAGGGUGGGGGGAGGAACCCACACACUUAUCUACUUUAGUCUGAAAAGAUACUGAUGUAACAGGUCAGCAUGGCUGCUGUUAUACAUUAUUUACACUGCCAAGUAAAAGGCAAGAACUGUUUAAUUAGAGCAACUUUCCUCCUGGAACUACCAACUCUGCUUCAAUGUGUUUCUUGACCCUUGAUGGUCCAUAAUUGCUACCAUAUAGGCAAUCUCACUUCAAAUACUCAGCAGAUAUGCAUCUCCAAGUACCGAAUCUUUAUAGUCCACAAAACAAAGCAUAUUGAAAAGCUCCCAGUGUGUAAGAGAGCUAAUGUGCCUUCCUUGUGAAAGAAAUAUUUGAUGUAGGGGACUAUUCCAACAGGAGCUUCCCUCCUCCCCCGUUUUUUAAUCAUCCUGUAUGAGGGCUGAGGAAGAAAGGCAAAUAGCCACCACCACCCCUAAAAAAAUUCAAUGUUGUGUAGUUACAAGUAAGCAAGAGAGCAGGAGCACCUUCAGAAGAGGUUGGUAGGGUGCUGGCCCAAGCAAGUAUAUUCCGUUACUGGAACAUAUCCAUGUACUUUGUGAACAGGGUUAAUUCCCAGUAAGCGGAGUACCCACCCUUCUCUCUCUGGCAAUUCCAUCUAGCCUGAUAAGCCCACACUGGUGCCCUGCCCUGCCACAUGAGCACAAUUAGUUGUCGCCCUGCAGCUCUUGUAAUGCUUACAUUAAUAUAUGCUAUAGAAUGUUAUGAGAAGCUCUAUUAUAUUCAGAAGCGUGUACGUGUGUGUGUGUGCGCACAUGCGCGCACUUGGCUUGUUAAAUGCAUUGUAUUUAAUUUUAAAAGGAAUACAUGAAAGAGCUGCAACUGCAACAGGGAAACAAGCUCUUUUAUGUAGACUCUCAAAAACACACAGAUCCCACCACACCUGUAGGGGCUGAAGGUAGUCAUAUUGCAUCAAUUUGGUUUUAGACCUGCUGAUGCUUCCCUUGUUCCAGAAGCAUUCCAUGUAUCCUUCAUUUUUUAGGGCCUGUGAGAGAAUGCUUAAAAAUUGCAAAACUGAACUCUGUCUGCUUCUGUUAGUUAUUACUGAAGCACAGGGGAGAAAGAAUUAAUGUUCAAAACACACUUUCAAAUCAAGCUGUGCUUUCUCUAGUUAAAUUACCUGCAGUCCUACAGCAACUCCUGUACAUCAUUACCCUGACCUGCACAGCCCAGGCCAACAAAUCUCAGCAGGUAAGCAGUACCAGACCGGAUUAGUACUUGGUUGCUACACUGAGGCAGGCAAUGGCAAACUAUUUCUGAAUGUCUCUUGCCAGGAAAACUUUAUGGAGAUACCCUAAGUCAGGUGUGAUUUGACAGCAAAGGGGGG